UCCCAAGUUAAUACUCCACGCGAUCUCCCCCGAAGUCGGUCCGAAGAUUUGGCCGAUUUGCUGAGAUAGUCACCCGGUUCAUUAGGGGAAUUGGAUUUGGAAUCGAAAUUGAAAGUGCUUUGUUGUCUUCGACACUCGAUAUUCAGCUGGGUGUUGCCAGCGAAGGCCUUUUGCGAUUGCAUUCAGGGUUUAAUCGAUUCGAAAUAGCUGGCCCCACAAAAGCCAAUCAGCGGAUACAAUUCAACAUGAAAGUGCUGCAACGCGUGCUCUUAGUCGGCUCCCUGAUAUUGGGAGUGGGUAUGGUGAGGUCGCAGGACUAUCAGGAUUACCAGGAGAACACACCACGGACGGCUCCACUCCGCCUGCGAGCCAAUUCAGCUCCCGCACGGGCCGAAACGCCACGAGCUGAUCCAGUGGCCAUCCUUAAGCAGAUUAACAAGCACAAUGAAGACGGCUCCUACACGUAUGGAUAUGAAGGCGCCGAUGGCUCCUUCAAAAUCGAGACAAAGUUAGCCACCGGCGAAGUCAAGGGAAAAUACGGAUAUGUGGAUGAAACCGGCAAGGUUCGAGUGGUAGAGUACGGUGCCAAUAAGUACGGCUUCCAGCCCUCCGGAGAAGGCAUCACAGUGGCUCCACCCACAUUGGUAGACGAAACGGCCAAGGAGGAACCAGACUACGCGGAUGAGCCGGUACCACAGCGUCCUCAGAAGCCCUAUCGCGUUCAGCGUCCCCAGCCACGCCCACAGCCCCGCCCGCAACCCCAACCACAGCCGCAGUACGUGCAAUAUGAGGAGGAGGAGGAGCCGCAACGUCGGGUUCAGUAUGCACCACAGCCGCAGCCACAGCCACAACCUCUGCCGCAGCCACAGCAUCUGCCACAGCAGCACCACCAACCGUCGGUGGGUCCGGCACCGCCACGAAUCCAAAUUCCCGGUGCCCAGCGCACCACCGAUGUGCUAUACUCGCCACUGCAGCGUCCCGCUCGCCCCGAACCGGAUUAUUCGCAAUCGCAGAGUUUCGGAGAUGGACCUUCGAACGUGCGGAUUUCCCGGCCCGUUUACGCCCUGCCCCCCGCAUCCCCAGCUCCGAGUAGCGCCCGUGCUCAGGGAUUCCUGGCUCCCGCCUCCGGAGGACGUCCACUCCUGGAACCGGUGGGCUUCGGCCAAUCCCAGGGGCCCAUCGCUCGACCUGUGCAGCAGCAGCAGCCGAGCUACCAGCCACAGCCGCAACCACAGUCCCGCAGCGGCGGAGGAGGUGGCUCAGGAUUGCUGGACCAGUUAGCCAGGGACUACGCCCUGCCACAGGGAAAUGCCCAGCCGCUGCACGACAUCACCUUCGGCUACUACUGAGCUGCGAGAUGAGAGGUGGUUGCAGUCCCCAUCCUCCUGAAUAACCCAGAGAUUCCUUGCUUCUAGGUCCUAAUCGCACUGGUGUGC